AGGGCCGGGCGUCGACGGCGGAGGGAGGCUGUGAACCAAUGCCCGUGCUCCAUGUGUUGCUUCAGUCAAAGGUGAAAGUUAACGACUGUUUUAAAACAAAAGUAAAGAUGGCGCUGCUAUUUCUGGGGAGUUGGCAUUGAUUUGUAAUCGCCGUGAGGAAAGUAACUACUGAGUGGGCAGCCCAGCCGCUUAAACCUUUCCUCAGAUGUGAUAUUUCGAUCCGAUUCCUGUUCGCACAGCUCAGCAGCGUUGUAUUCUGGCCUCGCCCCGCGAUUGCCCGCUGAGGCGAUGGCGGUGUUUGAGCUGGUGUGGCGGCUGCUGCACGCCGUGCUGUGGCUGCAGCGGACCCUGGGCGCCUGGCUCCGCCGUGGAAUGUGCGCCUGGGCGCGGUGGAACGCGGCGCUGCUGGCUCGCGGCUUCCAGAACGCCAAGAACAAAGGACAGAGCCGGCGCGCGCGCUGGCGGGCGGACGGGCGCGGGUUGAAGAAGCUGCCGCUGCACCUGGGGCUGGUGGUCACCGAGGAGGAGAGCAGCUACACUGACAUCGCCAGCCUGGUGGUCUGGUGCAUGGCCGUGGGCAUCUCCUACGUUAGCGUCUAUGACAACCAAGGUAUUUUCAAGAGAAAUAAUUCCAGGCUAAUGGAGGAAAUCUUAAAGCAGCAACAAGAAUUACUAGGUCUGGAUUCUUCAAAGUAUUCUACUGAAUUUUUAAAUAGUAGCAGGAAAGCUGAACAAGUUUUAUGUUGUCCGACCACAGUGAAAGUGCUUUCACCUGAUGAUGGGAAAGCCAAUAUAGUGAAAGCUGCUAAGAAGUACUGUCAAUUAGUUGCUCAACAGCAAAGAAGGUCUGCUGAUCUAAAUGUGAAUAUCAUGGACAGUUUAAUCAGAGAAGGUUCUUCAGGUUUACCUGACCCAGAUCUAGUUUUGAAAUUUGGACCUGUAAGCAGCACACUUGGCUUUCUGCCUUGGCACAUCAGGCUUACUGAGAUUAUAUCAUUGCCUUCACACAUCAACUUAAGUUAUGAAAGGUUUCUUUCUGCCCUCCAGCAGUUUGCAGCCUGUGAGCAGCGUAUGGGAAAAUGACCGAGUCAACAUGGAAUCAAUUCCAGGCUUCAGUCAAAGGGACCCAAAAUAUCCAAUGUUUACAAGCACCUGUGAACUAUGGAAGCCCAGUUCAGUGUCUUUCUUUAGCAACUGAGGAUAAGAACAUGUCUUCUUUGUCCAAAUCUUAGUUGUGUCAGUGUCUGUGAGGGUCAAUCUGUUAUUUAAAAAAAAGAGCAAGGUUAUGUUUGAUAAUAAUUCAGUCUUUUCUCAUGUGGGACCUUUUAUAUAAAAAUGAAGUUGUGUUCAAAGGAUUAUCAUUGGACUCUUCUUCCUUGGAUGAUAUGGAUGAAUAAUUUAUCUACAAUGCCUUGCACUAAUUGAGUGUACAAUAAAUGUAUAAAAUCAUAUUCCUAUUUUAAAAUAACAUUUUAAUGCAACAUGUCGAGUUUUGAUUAAUUUUAGUUAGCCUUCAACAGAAUGUGACCUCUGGUGCACUCUUUAUUUGUUUAAAUGCAGCAUCCCCACUAUACCCCAUCUUUUCCCACAUGCUUUAAUAGUACAUGUAUGGAAACUGAGUAUUUCAAAGUCAGAGAUUGCACUAUUCCAUUGUAUCAUUAUGAUAUGGAAUUUGGUUUGUACUUGUUUUCUGUGGUGCAGCGGAAAAAUCAUGGACUAGUUAACAUUCUUACAGAUGUUUUGUAGACCAGUGUGGGAUUAGGUAUUAAAUGCAGGAUAAAACCAAACCAGGGCAAAAAUUGCCCCUUGAAUGUUGUUGCUAUUAAAGCAUGCCUUUAGUUUUCAUUUUAUUUUGCUGUUCUCAAUCUAGUUGGGACAGAUGCAUUACCAGUUAGUGUUGGGUGAGGGGAUCUGUUUAAAUGCCAAAUACUUUAUAAAAAUGGAUACCUAAGAAAAGCGUAAAAGAACAAACUGCGAAAAUGAAGCUCACUAGGUAUGUAAUCCAAUGAAGGGAUGUUGAUUGUAACUGCCUCAGUUUUUUUUUAUAUAUUGGCAUACAAAAUAUCCAGUUUUUUUGGUAAAGUUUUAAAAUCCUAAACGGUUCAAGUCUGAACUUUGAAUUUCCCUAUUGGAGAUGCACUAAUAUAUAAACUUGUAAUUUAUGUCUUAAAUCGAUGCAUGAUACAUUUGACUGAAUGUGCAGAGUCAUAGUUUUGCAGUGUUUUUCUGCUGUCGUGUGAAUGUUGUAAUGUCAGCAUUACUGCUUUACAAAUAGAAAUAUGGCAUAGACCAGAGUGGAAGGGCGAAAUCCACAUCCUUAUGCCUCAUCACAGGAGCAGGUAUUCUGAUCCAACACUAUUGUAAACUUUAUCACCACAGGGAAGAAGAGCACAGGAAUCCAGUGAUGUACAUAUGUCCUUUUGGUUGUUGUACACCCGUCCUUGAUAUUACAAAACCUGAGGCCAUAAUUGAAGGUUAAAUGACUUUCAUUGGAAAUGUAACAAUUUUGGGAAAUAAUUCUGUUCCUGUUGAUACCACAGAACAAGGAUUAAAUAGAACUAUGGACAAAUGCAUAUGAUAUUUUUGUUUUGGCCUAUGUAAUUAAAACUAUUGAAUAAAAAUGUGAUUUGUCAUCUUUAUAAGAAAGAGCAUUGACAAAUCACACCUUAAGUGGGGUCCAUCCGCAUUUUACUCAUGCAAGUCAGAUGGCAGAGGUAACUACCAGAAGGUGGUAAUUCAUAUUGGUUAAGGAAGGUUUAAGGCUGCUAACUCAAAACACUAUAUUAGCGCUUUCAACCUUAGCUGAAAAUCAUGUCUUAGAGUUCCAUGUAUAUGGAUGGUAUUGAUUUUUGUUUUUAAAUUUCCGUCCACAACUCUCAGACUUUCAAAAAAUUUCCCUUUUAAUCUCACAAAUUAACAUCUUUCUCUAUAUUUUGUCAUGCAAUAAUUAUUUAGUGUCAUAUGAUUCAUUUCAUAAUUACUUCAAAUCUUGGGAAAUCUACUAACAUAUAAACAGUGCAAAUUACACAAAACCAGAUGAAAUUGUGCACUGACUGUAUGAGUGACUGAACAUUUCUCUCCCAAAACUGGAUACUGAUAACACAUGUUUCUGUUUUAUUCACGGUGUUAAUAUCUGGCUAUUUACACAGAAUAUAUAAAACUUUAUACAUGUGACAAAAACACUUGAAUUUUAUUAUGAGUAAAAUGCACUGUGGUAUAGAUUGAAGAAAAAAUUUUGGCAGGUAGUAUAUAAACGGCAGCUUAAUCAUCUAGAUGUUCUUCUGAAUUUAUGAAUACAUCACAACAAUCUAUUUAAUGUGCCUUUUUAAAUUCAUUGUCAAUGGGUAUUGCCACAAAACCCAGCAUUUGUCAUGCGCUUAUUAUCCCUUGAACUUUGUUGCUUGCUGGACUAUUUCAGAAGAAAUCUAAGAGUCAUUGCUGUGGGGGUGGAGUAAAAUGAAAAGAAAUAACUGAACAAAUAAAAAAUAAGGCCAGCUUAUUGAGGACAGCAAAUUUAGUGAAAUAGCUGUUUUGUUUUAAUAAGACCCAGUAGUCACAUGGUCGUCAUUACAGAUAUUGGACUUUUAUUCCAGAUUUUUGUUUAACCUGAAUUUGAGUUCAUUGGUCACUGAUGGGUUCUGAACUUGUCUUGGGAUCAGUAGUCCAGGCCCUUGAGCUACCAAUUUUGUAUAUAACUUCUGUACCCUACAACCCAUUGAAGGAGUGCAACAGUACGAUGUGUUAGACAAAAAAAGGAUAUAUGCUACUCAGGCCAAAAAUCUUAUGUGAGUCACAACACCAUUUAACAAAUGAUAAAUAUAAUGUGACCAGGUCUGAGGUAACCGAUAUUUUUCAAUUUGAGAUUGGCCAUGUUACUGCUGUCCCAACCAAAAAGUUGGGACCUUAUCAUGAUAAGCAAAGAGUGACUAAGUGUACUUUAGUUUAAUGGAUCACCAGUGGUUUGAGGGUAUGGUUGUGGUUAACACACUGGUAACCCACUAGUUUGAACCAAUCCAGAGCACAAUAGUAAUUUGAGAAUUUUGAAUUUGCUUUGAAAGAAUUUGAAAGAGCCAGCAUCAGUGAAAAUGAUCAUGAGCUGACAGUGCUACCAGAAACUAUGUAUAAAAUUCACCAGCACCAUUUUGCCAAGAGCUAGUCAAAUUUCUAGAUUGUUAGACAAUUCAUCCAAGUUUUACUUGUUCCUCCCAAAGAUGUUUCACGUGCGCAAGAAAAUAAACAGAUGGUGGUGGUGCCAAUUUGUUAAUGAAUCUUGUGUUUUCCUUUUUGUCCCUUGCUUACUGUGGGUUAAAAUUUCAGUUUUCUUCCUAAGGUCCUAUAUGUUACCUUGGUAUUUGGUCUCCACCAUUGAAGGCAUAAAAUUAUACUAAGGGCAAUAUGCAGAGAUGUCAAUAUGACUUUGUCUCACUUUAAUAGAUUUUGAUUCGAGGUGAUUUUUGGUGCUAAAUGAUCUGCUGCACCUAGACAAAGGCCAUUGUAUCCUUUCUAAAGUAUGGUGCUUACUGAAUGUAAUAUUCCAGAUGGGUUCUCAGUGCAACUGAAGCACAACAUCUUUGUAAUGAAACCCCUUGAAAUAAAGGCCAAUACUC